UGAUCCUAUACAUCUUCCCCAACCCUAAUUAUUAUCUUCCCUCAUUUCCGUAUCGGCCAAAACGAUGUCGUUUCUACACGAUAUACCUCACUCUCCGGCGACUGCGAAGCCACCGGGAACCGCCUCGCCGUCGUAUGUCGCCACCGCACCCUUGGCAAACCUCUCCGUACUCCAAUCUCGAAUGGAUUCCCUCCGGAGGUUCCUCUCCGAUUCGGUCAACACCAAUACCUUACUCGCUCAACCCCAAAUCGACACGGUUUCUUCCGAAAUCGCAUCCGCAAUCCACCAGAUCGUCCUCAACGGCGCCGCGCUGCUGUCGUGCUCGCCGUCCGUUUCCGCGACGGACAAAAAAUUGGGGAAAUCAACGGAUUGCUCGGCCGACUUCGACGCCGAAUCGGCGGAGGAUUACGAGAUAAUCGAGAUGGACGCGGUGGAGCUGCUGGCGGAGCACGUCCAUUUCUGCGAGAUCUGCGGGAAAGGAUUCAAGCGCGACGCCAAUUUGCGGAUGCACAUGCGAGCUCACGGAAACCAAUUCAAAACUCCCGAGGCAUUAGCGAAGCCGGCUGAGAGAUCCGGCGAUUCAAUUGGACGGCGGCGGAGGUUUUCGUGCCCCUACGUCGGUUGCAACAGGAACAAGCUCCACGAAAAAUUCCGGCCGCUGAAGAGCGGCGUGUGCGUGAAGAAUCACUUCAAGCGUAGCCAUUGCCCAAAGAUGUAUUGGUGCAAUCGGUGCCAUAAGAAGAGCUUCUCCGUGGUGGCUGAUUUGAAGAGCCAUUUGAAGCAGUGCGGAGAGAGCAAGUGGAGGUGUUCCUGUGGGUGCCAUUUUUGGCGCAAGGAUAAGCUGUUUGGGCACGUGGCAUUGUUCGACGGAGGGCACGUGCCGGUGCCGGUGCCGGCGGAGGAGGAGAAGAAUACCGUUGGUGGUGGGGAAUUGGAGGAGAGUGGCGAUCCUACUACUACUACUACUAAUAAUAAUAAUAGCUUUUUUGAAGGAUUGGAUGAUUGGUUUGAAGAGAGGUCGACUGGUCCGGCAAUGGAGCAAUUCUUCAUCAGGUUUUGAAUUUGAUCCACCUAUCUGUUUCUAUUCAUUUUCGUUUUUUUGCAGCAGCUGUGUUGUGUUGUGUUUAUUCAUGUGUUCUUGCGUUGGGCGAUUUCGAUGUAUAUAAUUUGAUUUGAUAGGAUGAAUUUUUAUUGCUCUGUUUAUAUUUAAUAUUAAAAAUAUUGCUAUUUU